AUGUCUAAUAAUGAAAAUGUUGAUGAUGCUGGUGUUGGUGCUGAUGACGGCGGUGGAACUACACGUCGUAAGAAACAAAAACAAAUUAUAUGGGAAGAUGAGCAUGUUGGGGUAUUCUUGGAGCUUCUCGAUAUUGAGUUGGCUAAAAUUAGAUACAGACAAAAGUUACCGAAAGAGGUAGGGAGAGAGCGUAUUUGUAAAGAGUUUUUGGAGAAAACUGGUAUAAGCCUUUCUUGGGAGCCUUUCAAAAGCAAAUACGAUAUAUUGAGAAAUAUGUAUGGAUCGUAUAAAAGGCUCAAGAAUUUUACUGGAGUUUCAGCAGAUGACAAUACCGGUUUGAUUGAGAUGGAUUCUGAAUGGUGGGACGAUCGCGAAAAGGAGAUUCAAUAUGCAAAAAAGAUCCGUGAAAAUGGGAUUCCACACAUGGAACUUAUGAGACGGAUAUUUGGACGUCAAGGCAGUAAACCAGAAGCUAUGUACUCAACUCAUGUGCAAGAUGCUGAACAAAAUGAGCAACUGGAUAAAUCAGUUCCAGAAACCCAAGACAACGAUGGAGACCAUACAAAUGAUGUGCAUCACCACUCACAAACCAUUUCACUAGACUCUCCUCCAAGGUCACCUAUUGGUCCAUCAAAGCGGUCAAACAGAAAACAGGCACGUGUUGCUCCAUACGAAAGCGGUCGAGGGAAAGACGUUGCACUCAGCCGCGAGAAGAACAUCCCACGAAGAAGAAAGUCAUUUGAAAAGGAGAUAAAUGAGCAGUUCAAAGAAAUGAUGGAAUUACGUCGUUCUCAAGUUGCAGAAGCAAAAGAGCGCAGAGAAAAAAAUGACGCUCAACCAUUUAAAGAGGCAUAUGAAAUCUUGAAAUCAAUUCAAGGUCUAACAAGGUGGACAGAUUUUUGGUGGGCUUGCAUCAAAGUACUAAAAGAAGAUCCAUUUGCCAGAGAAAUGAUUUUCUACAAUGAGAGUGAUCAUGAUAGGAUUACCUUUUUGGAGGGUUAUACAGGAUAUGAUCUUCAUGGAAAUUUCUCCGGAGAACGUUUCAAGGCUUUGCAACAUUGUCAUGGUGAUCCUUCAAGUGCCAACCCAGAGCAAAACAUCAUAAGACCAACCAUGGAGAGUUACAAGGAUUGGCCAUUUUUUAGUGGAUUUAUUGGGGCACUAGAUGGAACACAUGUCAGAGUUAAGGUUGGAGGUAGUGAUGCAGUUGGGUACUGGGAUAGGCAUGGACAAACAAGUUUAAACAUAAUGGGCAUAUGUGAUAUAAACAUGAUCUUCACGUAUGCAUGGCUAGGUGCAUCUGGGUCUACACAUGAUUCAUUGGUGUUGCAAUAUGCAAUAGAUGGAGACCCUAUAUUCCCUAAACCUCCUAUAGGUAAAUACUAUCUUGUUGAUUCUGGAUAUGCUAAUAAGCGAGGAUUUCUAGCCCCAUACAGAGGAAGCAGUAAAGAAAAUAUCAGAUAUCAUCUCUCGGAAUUUGAUGAUGGCCCUCCUAGAAACAAGAAGGAAUUGUUCAAUAAAUGGCAUGCAUCACUUCGCUCAGUCAUCGAAAGAACUUUCGGAGUUUGGAAAAAGAAAUGGAGAAUUCUUGAUAACUUGCCUCGCUAUGACGUCAAGACCCAAAAUAGAAUUGUGCAUGCAACAAUGGUUCUUCACAAUUUUAUCAGGCUUCACAAAAUUCCAGAUGCUGAUUUUGAAGAUAGAGAUAGCAGUGGUCAAGCACAACAAAGACGACGGAUUGAAGAAGAAGAGCUUAGUAGACUUGAAGAAGAAGAAAUAACAACUGAUGGUCAAUACAUGAACAACAUACGAGAUGAGAUUGCAAACAUGAUUUGGAAUGAACAUUUAUAA